AUGCCGCUAAUAACAAUCUGCGGCGUCCCGCAAUCCGGCAAAACCACCCGCGCCCUCCUGCUAAAGGAAGAAAUCGAAAUCCACCUGGCCGCCGAAACCACCAGCACCCAUGACCCAAACGAACCAAACGCAUCAGCAGGGGACGGAAGGAAGAAAACGGGCCGAGCACCGCCGGUCAUGAACCGCACUGUUGUUGUGGUUAAUGAGGAGUCGUUGGGGAUAGAUAAGGGUGUUGCGUAUUCCUCACCGCAUGAAGAAAAAAAAGCGCGCGGCGCCCUCCUCUCCGCCAUCGAACGGCACCUCUCACGCGACACGAUCGUCAUCUGCGACUCGCUCAACUACAUCAAGGGAUUCCGGUACCAGCUGUUCUGUGUCGCACGGGCGUUGGGGACGCCGACGUGUACGGUGUUUUGCGCGCGGCCGUUCGAGAAGGGGGCGACACCAUCGCCGAACACGCAACUCACACCGAUCUUGAUAGCAAACCUAACCUCUCGCUUCGAGGAGCCCGAAUCACGUAACCGCUGGGACGCCCCCCUCUUCACCCUCCUCCCCACCGACCCCUCCCCUCUCCCCCAUAUCCUCGCCGCCCUCCUCCGCACGCCGCCGCCACCUAACCUCUCCACGGUCGUCAAACCACUGACGGAGACCAAUUAUCUGCAUGAGAUGGAUCGCAAGACGGGGGAGGUGGUGGAGUUUGUUUGGAAGGUGCAGAAUGAUCCGACGUCGGAAGGAAACGGCAGCAGUACAGCUCAGCAACCGCGACUCCGCCUCCCGCCGCGUAUCGUACCCCUGGCGGAACUGAGACGGCUGCGGAGACAGUAUACGACUUUGAACCGGAUGCAUACGCAGUUGGAUGUGAGGAAGGUUGUAGAUGGGUUUGUGGAGUAUUUGAAUACGAAUUUGGAGUAG